AUGAAAGUCUCGGGCAACUCUUCUCCCGACAAAAGGCCCGAAAUUCCUCCAUGGCCACCCCCGCCUAAGCCCCGCAUACGGCAUCAGGACAUUCAAACCCACCGUGGCGGACUCGGUGGGGACUGGCUUUUGCAAAGCGACGAGCCCAUCGAAGCGGUACUAGCGAAAAUAGAUCUGAUAACCCUGUCUUGUUUUGCUAUG